UCAACCCCUACUACUACCCCAUCAACUACUACAGUUACAACUACAACAUCACCCUGUCUGCCUGGUUGUCACUGGUCAGGUUGGAUUGACACUCACUAUCUCACAGAUGGACCAGACGGAGGAGAUUUUGAAAUUAUAGAAAAUAUCGCUAAAUCUCAUCCUAGUAUUUGCAGCCAACCUGAGAACAUAGAAUGCAGAGCCAAAGAAUUACCAAAUGCUCCUUUAAAUAUGUUGGGUCAAAAUGUUACAUGUGAUCCUGGGGUCGGACUGAUUUGCAACAACAAGGAUCAAGAAGGACCACCAAUAUGCUACAACUAUGAGAUCAGAGUCAAUUGUUGUAUUUGUAUUACACCUACCCCUACAUCAACCCCUACUACUACCCCAUCAACUACUACAGUUACAACUACAACCCCUACACCAACCCCUACUACAACCCCAUCAACUACUACAGUUACAACUACACCCCCGACAUCAACCCCUACUACUACCCCAUCAACUACUACAGUUACAACUACAACAUCACCCUGUCUGCCUGGUUGUCACUGGUCAGGUUGGAUUGACACUCACUAUCUCACAGAGGGACCAGACGGAGGAGAUUUUGAAAUUAUAGAAAAUAUCGCUAAAUCUCAUCCUAGUAUUUGCAGCAAACCUGAGAACAUAGAAUGCAGAGCCAAGGAAUUACCAGAUACUCCUUUAAAUAUGUUGGGUCAAAAUGUUACAUGUGAUCCUGGGGUCGGACUGAUUUGCAACAACAAGGAUCAAGAAGGACCACCAAUAUGCUACAACUAUGAGAUCAGAGUCAAUUGUUGUAUUUGUAUUACACCUACCCCUACAUCAACCCCUACUACUACCCCAUCAACUACUACAGUUACAACUACAACCCCUACAUCAACCCCUACUACUACCCCAUCAACUACUACAGUUACAACUACAACCCCAACAUCUACCCCUACUACUACCCCAUCAUCAACUACUACAGUAACAACUACAACCCCUACAUCUACCCCUACUACUACCCCAUCAACUACUACAGUAACAACUACAACCCCAACAUCAACCCUUACUACUACCCCAUCAACUACUACAGUAACAACUACAACCCCUACAUCAACCCCUACUACUACCCCAUCAACUACUACAGUUACAACUACAACCCCUACAUCAACCCCUACUACUACCCCAUCAACAACUACAGUUACAACUACAACCCCUACAUCAACCCCUACUACUACCCCAUCAACUACUACUACAGUAACAACUACAACCCCAACAUCUACCCCUUCUACUACCCCAUCAACUACUACAGUAACAAUUACAACCCCUACAUCAACCCCUACUACUACCCCAUCAACUACCACAGAAACAACUACACCCCCAACAUCAACCCCUACUACUACCCCAUCAACCACUACUACAGUUACAACUACACCCCCGACAUCAACCCCUACUACUACCCCAUCAUCAACUACUACAGUAACAACUACAACCCCUACAUCUACCCCUACUACUACCCCAUCAACUACUACAGUAACAACUACAACCCCAACAUCAACCCUUACUACUACCCCAUCAACUACUACAGUAACAACUACAACCCCUACAUCAACCCCUACUACUACCCCAUCAACUACUACAGUUACAAGUACAACCCCUACAUCAACCCCUACUACUACCCCAUCAACUACUACAGUUACAACUACAACCCCUACAUCAACCCCUACUACUACUACCCCAUCAACUACUACUAAAGUAACAACUACAACCCCAACAUCUACCCCUUCUACUACCCCAUCAACUACUACAGUAACAAUUACAACCCCUACAUCAACCCCUACUACUACCCCAUCAACUACCACAGAAACAACUACACCCCCAACAUCAACCCCUACUACUACCCCAUCAACCACUACUACAGUUACAACUACACCCCCGACAUCAACCCCUACUACUACCCCAUCAACUACUACAGUUACAACUACAACAUCACCCUGUCUGCCUGGUUGUCACUGGUCAGGUUGGAUUGACACUCACUAUCUCACAGAUGGACCAGACGGAGGAGAUUUUGAAAUUAUAGAAAAUAUCGCUAAAUCUCAUCCUAGUAUUUGCAGCCAACCUGAGAACAUAGAAUGCAGAGCAAAAGAAUUACCAAAUGCUCCUUUAAAUAUGUUGGGUCAAAAUGUUACAUGUGAUCCUGGGGUCGGACUGAUUUGCAACAACAAGGAUCAAGAAGGACCACCAAUAUGCUACAACUAUGAGAUCAGAGUCAAUUGUUGUAUUUGUAUUACACCUACCCCUACAUCAACCCCUACUACUACCCCAUCAACUACUACAGUUACAACUACAACCCCUACACCAACCCCUACUACAACCCCAUCAACUACUACAGUUACAACUACAACCCCAACAUCAACCCCUACUACAACCCCAUCAACUACUACAGUUACAACUACAACCCCAACAUCUACCCCUACUACUACCCCAUCAUCAACUACUACAGUAACAACUACAACCCCAACAUCAACCCCUACUACUACCCCAUCAACUACUACAGUAACAACUACAACCCCUACAUCAACCCCUACUACUACCCCAUCAACUACUACAGUAACAACUACAACCCCAACAUCAACCCUUACUACUACCCCAUCAACUACUACAGUAACAACUACAACCCCUACAUCAACCCCUACUACUACCCCAUCAACUACUACAGUUACAACUACAACCCCUACAUCAACCCCUACUACUACCCCAUCAACAACUACUACAGUAACAACUACAACCCCAACAUCUACCCCUUCUACUACCCCAUCAACUACUACAGUAACAAUUACAACCCCUACAUCAACCCCUACUACUACCCCAUCAACUACCACAGAAACAACUACACCCCCAACAUCAACCCCUACUACUACCCCAUCAACCACUACUACAGUUACAACUACACCCCCGACAUCAACCCCUACUACUACCCCAUCAACUACUACAGUUACAACUACAACAUCACCCUGUCUGCCUGGUUGUCACUGGUCAGGUUGGAUUGACACUCACUAUCUCACAGAGGGACCAGACGGAGGAGAUUUUGAAAUUAUAGAAAAUAUCGCUAAAUCUCAUCCUAGUAUUUGCAGCCAACCUGAGAACAUAGAAUGCAGAGCCAAGGAAUUACCAGAUACUCCUUUAAAUAUGUUGGGUCAAAAUGUUACAUGUGAUCCUGGGGUCGGACUGAUUUGCAACAACAAGGAUCAAGAAGGACCACCAAUAUGCUACAACUAUGAGAUCAGAGUCAAUUGUUGUAUUUGUAUUACACCUACCCCUACAUCAACCCCUACUACUACCCCAUCAACUACUACAGUUACAACUACAACCCCUACAUCAACCCCUACUACUACCCCAUCAACUACUACAGUUACAACUACAACCCCAACAUCUACCCCUACUACUACCCCAUCAACUACUACAGUUACAACUACAACCCCUACAUCAACCCCUACUACUACCCCAUCAACUACUACAGUUACAACUACAACCCCAACAUCUACCCCUACUACUACCCCAUCAUCAACUACUACAGUAACAACUACAACCCCUACAUCUACCCCUACUACUACCCCAUCAACUACUACAGUAACAACUACAACCCCAACAUCAACCCUUACUACUACCCCAUCAACUACUACAGUAACAACUACAACCCCUACAUCAACCCCUACUUCUACCCCAUCAACUACUACAGUUACAACUACAACCCCUACAUCAACCCCUACUACUACCCCAUCAACAACUACAGUUACAACUACAACCCCUACAUCAACCCCUACUACUACCCCAUCAACUACUACUACAGUAACAACUACAACCCCAACAUCUACCCCUUCUACUACCCCAUCAACUACUACAGUAACAAUUACAACCCCUACAUCAACCCCUACUACUACCCCAUCAACUACCACAGAAACAACUACACCCCCAACAUCAACCCCUACUACUACCCCAUCAACCACUACUACAGUUACAACUACACCCCCGACAUCAACCCCUACUACUACCCCAUCAACUACUACAGUUACAACUACAACAUCACCCUGUCUGCCUGGUUGUCACUGGUCAGGUUGGAUUGACACUCACUAUCUCACAGAUGGACCAGACGGAGGAGAUUUUGAAAUUAUAGAA